UUCCAAAGUAAUCGAAGACAAUUUAAAAAUGUCAUCUUUUAAUCUUUUGUUUUGAAAACGUCAAACAAUUUUUAAAAUGUACAUUUAUCAAAGCCGUUACUCAACGUAAAUACUUACAAUAAAUUGCGAUGUUUUCAGUGUUAUAGCAGGCAGAAACUUUACUUUGUUACUUUAAUGAAUUAUGGAAAGAGAUGGGAAUAACAAAACAAGUGAUGUGGGGACUUCUGACGAUGCUGACUCCCGUGGCGCAGUAAACGCUCUAAUUCUCGAUUAUUACAAAAAGUUCGGCAGAAAAAGGGAUCUGGAGCAGUAUUUCUCACUUUCAACUGCUCAAAGUGAUAUUAAAGACACUAGUGGCGUGUUUUGGCGUAAAAUGAAAAGUGAAAACGAUUCGUCUGAUUCUGGUGGCAGGAAGAGUGAUUCUUCGCAUGAAGUUUGUCGAAUCUCCAUAAGAUGUGCGGUGCCUGAACAAUCUAGUUCACAGGAAGAUGAACCACCACCAAAAAGUGACUCUCCCCAAACUCAAUCUCCACCGAUAAUCAUCGAAGAAAUGCCCGCCAAUGUGUCCCGUCACACUGACGAUGACUCCUUCAACUUUGACGAUAAUAACUCUCAUAAAUCAUUAGAUGUGUUGUUAGACCUAUCGGCACACAAACCACAUUCCCCUACCAGUAGUAUCACUUCUCAAAGGAAACUAGAAUGGGACUCCCUCGCAGAUGUUGGGUAUGCUAACGAAAGUGACCGUAAAACAUCAGCUUCAAGUCUAAGCACUUUAGAAAGACUUGCUUUAAAACAACAAUACACAAACAAUGACACUAAACAAGAUAUAGGACCUCCAACUGCACAUUCCACACCUUUGGAUGAAAAUGACAACAAAUCUAAAGGAAAAAAAGGUAUAGGAAAGAAAACAACAAAGAUAUACAAGAAAGAUGUUGAUUUUGUUGAAGUUAAUGUACCACACACUUCAGACACAAGUCAUGCUCCGUCUAUCAAUGUUAAUCUUACUAAACAUAUAUCCUUUAAUGUGGAACGGGAUGGUGGGGUUACAGUUGAUAAUGUUAAAAACGACAUUAGCGUAUCUCCUGAAAAAGUGCCCUUAGACAAUGAUCCCGCUCCAAGUUUGGGUUCAGAUAAACAAAUGCAAACUUCAUUGACCAAAGAAAAAUCACCCAGUGUGGAUGAAAUACCUAAGGCUGUUAAUCCAUACAGUCAAAAGAUCCCUAUAAUGAUCUGUUUGAACACAUUGCGCAAGAGAUUGAGAAGGAAGAAAUCAAAGAAUUUGAGACGAAAAUUAAGAACCAAAAAAUCGACUGUAUCAAAUAUAGAACUUCCAUCUUUAGAGAAGAGUGGCGAGCAGGUAUCGGAAGCAGAAAGUUUUGAAUAUAUGCCUGGACAUAUGUAUAAUCAGAAUCAGAAUCAAAUGAAGGACAGUGGACGAAGACCUGACAACAGCACAGCUGGUAAUAAGUCCAGUUUAGAAUCCACUGGUCCGUCUACUACAGAGUCCAGCAAGGGAUCAAAGCACUCUCUUACAAAAGAUUUAGAAAAGUGUGUUGAUUUAUUGAAGGUUACUUUGCAAAACCCCGAUAACGACGGCACUACAAAGAAAAGGUUAAUCAAAGACAUAGUGCACAGAUUAGUUAAUGCAAAGUAUAGAGAUGACGAUACUCCCACCGAAUUUUUAUCUGGAAUCAGUUUUAACAGUAAGAUAAUAGGUGUACAGGAAAAUGUCACUACAACAAGUACAUCAGAUGCCAAUGGUACUGAAAAUUAUUCCAACAAAAAGCCAAAGAAGUCUAUUUUGAGGAACGAUAAAUUUAAUCCUAAUGCAGUUGCUUCUACAUCGCAAAGUGCACCAAACUUGUUCAGUGGUAGAAGUGAGAAAGUGAGUACUAAUUUAAUGAAGACAAUGCACUCUACUGACUCGGAUGUGUCUAGUAGAGGAAAGACAUCUUCGGAAAACGCAUUCCCUAAAACCUCAUCUGAAGAAUUGUAUCUCAAAUAUCUGGAGGCUCUAAGGCGCGAAGAGGCGUACAAAAGACAUUUAAAAGAUAAAGAAUUGUUCUUGAAGCAGAAGUUGGUAAGUUCGGAAACUGCAUUCAAAGUACCUAUACGUACAGAGUCCAAAAUUAGCAGCAGACUGAAAGAUUUGAUGAAAGACUUGACUAGGAAUAAUUAUGAUGAUGGGUCAGGUGACGCUAGCAAAUUAGAGGGAGGUUCCUCUAACAUGAACUUUGAGACGUUAAAUGCAAUCAGAAAUCAAAGAAGUCACUCUGUAUUUACUCUUUCCUCAAGUCAUUCGGAAUGCCAGAAACGGCCGAAUUUGAAGAAAAAGAUGCAGACCGAAAGAGAGGUAGAUGAAGCCGGUCCAAGUAAACAUCAUUACUGUUGCUGCCCCCACCAUUAUUUAAACUCUAAGGUGGCUUACAGUGACAGCUCUGUGCAGGUGAACAUAAAAUCGUGUGAGGAUACUACGAACGAAAAGCCUUGUCAAACGAAACCCAAGCCAAUAACGGUAAUUGAGAACAGGAAAAAAGCUGAGUCUCCAAGAAGCGCUCGAGUGGUUCCGGACAGCGUGACGGGUGAAAUUAAAUACGUUUGUCUUUGUAAUGGGAGGCAGGUCUCUUGUUCAGAUGUUGGUGAUAGUUUCAUGAUUUACAAGUGCUCUAAGUUGACCAACCGUGGAGUGCAGCUCGAGGACCCAUCAAGGCUGUACAAUACAGGUGUCCAAUGUGGAAGUGUGAAGCAAAAAAAGAUUGACGAUAAAAUUGAGCUCAUACAAUCACCCUGCCAUAUAAACACAGAAAGCAGUAGUUCUGAUAACACUUCGAAAGCUAGGAGACAUUCAAAGUCAUCCCAAACUAACAUGGUUGUUAACAUGUGUAUGGGUUAUGGCAGAUACUGUAAUUCCUCUUCUAGCUCUGAUGCUAAGAACCUCUGUGGAACUUCAACUAAAUGUAUUGUGUCGGUAAAUAGUCCGAAAGAAUAUGCCACCGUCCACGAGGCUACCAGAUGCCUACAAACUGAGAUCAGUAUUAACCCUCAAAUUUCUGAUCCCACGUUAUCUGAUAUCAAUAUAAUAAAUGACUGCGAUUGCGCGCAAUUGAUAUCAGAGAUACGUAAAAAGAUCCACAAGUCGGAUUCCGCAAAAACUUUUACCGACGUGUGCACCAAUAGCGUCUCAGAAAAGCUUCUUAUUACAUCUGAAGGGAGUGGGUCUGCACAAGAAGUGAAGACUUUUAACUCAAUAGACGAUAAAGAGUCGCACUUACAAUGUACGGUAGCUGGAAGAAAAUAUCAUCUACCUAUUCUAGACACGAAUAUGACUCUCACUCUCAACUUGGAGGAAGCUAAUCAUUUUAAAGAUCCUGAGUAUGUGAACCAAGGCAUCGGCACAGAAAAGGUAUCGAAUAUAGAUGAAGCUAUAUCGGUUAAUGAGGAAUGCAAAUCUACACAAUGUACAUGCGAGUACUGCCCCAAUCAAAGUAAUAAGAGAGUCGUCUGUGUGAAAGAUGCAUCUGUUUCUAUUAAAAGUUGUAUGUUAGCAAAGAAGAACAUUAAUUUCAAUACAUUUCCGAAAAAGGAAGCAGUACCUAAAGAAAAAACACCAUUUAAAAGAUCGAACACAGAUGAAGGUAAACUAUCAAUAUGUUCAUGCAUUCAAACUGUAACGGUACCGAUGAGGGACGCCCAAACGUAUAAUAAUCAACCUGAUGAUAGCAAUUAUACGUUAGAGACUCAAGUCUCUACUGCCGAAAAUGGUUGCCAAGCAGACCCGAUCAACGAAAGUGUUUCAACUAAAAUCAGCGAACAAUCAGAUAAGGCAACACCUGCCAACAGCCAACAUCAACAUGAAAAUGUUAUCGUGUUCAACAUCAAAAGUGACAAAAUAGAUGAUGCAAUCAAAUCUGACUCACAAAACAUUGGAAGCCGAAAAGAUUUAACAUUUGAACGUGCAGAAGUUAGAGCUAAAGACUUAAGAGGAAGUUUUGAUGCAAUCAAACCUGACUCAAAAAACAUUGGAAACCGAAAAGAUUUAACACUUGAACGUGCAGAAGUUAGAGGAAAUUUUGAUGCAAUCAAAACUGACUCAAAAAACAUUGGAAGCCGAAAAGAUUCAACACUUGAACGUGCAGAAGUUAGAGCUAAAGACGCUAGAAGAAAUUUUGAUGCAAUACAAACUGACUCUAAAAACAUUGGAAGCCGAAAAGAUUCAACACUUGAACGUGCAGAAGUGAGAGCUAAAGAAGUUAGAGGAAAUUUUGAUGCAAUCAAAACUGACUCUAAAAACAUUGGAAGCCGAAAAGAUUCAACACUUGAACGUGCAGAAGUUAGAGCUAAAGACGCUAGAAGAAAUUUUGAUGCAAUACAAACUGACUCUAAAAACAUUGGAAGCCGAAAAGAUUUAACAUUUGAACGUGCAGAUGAUAGAGCUAAAGAAGUUAGAGGAAAUUUUGAUGCAAUCCAAACUGACUCUAAAAACAUUGGAAGCCAAAAAGAUUUAACACUUGAACGUGCAGAAGAUAGAGCUAAAGACGUUAGAGGAAAUUUAAAGGAUAUUGAUAUUAAAACGUCUAACGUUAGUACGAAGAGUAUCGGUGUAGUGACUAUCGAUGAGAAAAAAGUCGAUGGUAGUAGCAUAGCAUGUCAAACAGAUGCCCCAACAAUAAAUGAUUCCCCAGAAAAGCAGUUUGGAAAUUCUGAAAUUAAAAUAGACUCACGAGAAAAUAGUAAUAAUAAUAUAGUACGACAAGAACCAUGCUGCUACCAAGUUCAUUGUCCAAAAAAUAAUGUCAAAGGUCCAGUCAUUGAAAUGAUACAAGAUAUCACUCGACGCUACUCAAAAACCGAUUUAGGCAAGGUUAAAAAGAAGAAAUGUGUCUCAGAAAUAAUGACUGUUCUGAAUUACCUUCUUGAGACAGAAGACAGUACAGAUCCAGAACCAAAGACAUGUUGCAGCACAACUACGACUACUAAAUCGAGUUCGGAAAAGUCCAAAGCGACCAAACUGUCUGUGGGCGAAUGUGUUUCAGACAGAUUUGUCGAUAAAAGUGUCCAACUUUCUUGUAAGAAAGCUUGUAAGGACAAUAACGUUGGCACCGAGUCGUCCGACUUGCCUUGCUCCUCAGAUCGGCCUACGACAUCCUCGGAUUCUGCCGCUUGUAGAGUGCUCAAUAAAAUUAAGAAGGAAUGUGAGAAAUACCACCAGAAGGUCAAAUGCAAGGGCAGAAAAUGCGAAGUUUCUAGUAGUACAUCAGUCAACUGCGAAAAAUGCAAGAAAGUGCAUCAUUGUGCUUGCAGAUACCACAAGUGUAAGCGAUCAAAGACGUUUGAGAAGUUGCAGAAGAAAUGCAUUGCUUACAACCUGAUUAUUCAGACAUCAGAGAGUAUGUUGAGUGAGGAGACAGUUUGCGAGAACAAGAGUCGUGCUCUUAAAAAUAUCAUUGUGAAAGUCCCGAAACGUAAAGGAAAGAACGAGUGUCCUUAUAAAACGGAGUUUAUAUCGCUUCCCUGUAGCCCAAAACGUAGUCCACGUGGUUGUAAUAAGUCAAAAAGUGGUCCCAUUGAGAGUGAGACUUCUGAAGAGUAUGCUAGAAGAGUUGAGCUGGCCACUGUUCGGGAGUACUUGGAGCAGAAUCGUCCAGAUUUCGUGCAGAACACAGAGGAGAGACGGCAUUGCUUGAAGUUUAUUAGUGCAAAGAGAGCCGACGAGCGUGCUUCCAAACGGAACUUGCUAUCAUUGCACGUGGAACAACAGCCCGACUUAACCAGUCUCAACUCCGAUGAACUGCGACAACUGGCACAAAAGAUUGGACUAGACUUGCGAAAGAAAAAACCUGCCCCAAAAUUUUUAAGUGAACGCGAAAUGAAGAAGCACUCUGAAAGGAUAUACAAAACGUUGCCAGAAGUAGUUCAAAAGAAAGAGGAGAAGAAAAAGGAAAAUAUCAAGAAGACCAAUUUGUUGAUGGCCAAUAUGUUUAAAAAGAAUCUCCAAAAGCAAGCGUUACGUGGAGCAGUAUCUCUGUCCAAUUAUAGCACAGUUAUAAAGAUUUGACGUAUUUUAGUAAUUGUUUAGUGUUAAAUUUGACCAAAUGAAAUGUUUUAAUUAGUAAAGUAUCAUUGUUGCGGAUUGACGUUGAAUCCCAGAAUUUUUAUGAGGGUUGCGCCCCAUUUUUAAUUAUUAUUAAUAAAAUUUAUAUUUAUGUAA